AUGCAUGGCGUCCCUAUCACUUCAAUGAACUAUAGAUCCCGGCAUGAUUUAGCAAGCCGUGUUGGAGAGGUUGCCUGUAUCAAGCAGGAUUGUGUCUCCUUGAGGAAGAUCACCUAUGUUAGAGCAAAAGUUUGGAUCAAGCCUGGACAUCCCCUGACUCCUCUGUUUCAUUUUACUGAACGAAAUGGUAAGAUGGCCAAAAUCAGAUGCAAGUAUGAGCAUAUGCAUAAGUACUGUCAAAGGUGUGGUCGAUUGGGUCAUCCUCUCAACCGCUGCUAUAUGAUGGAGGACCAGCAAUUGGAGAAUUUUCUUAAUACGUUCUUCUUAGCUAAGGCGGCAAAGUUUGAUUCACCUAUGUUUAUUGACGUCAACCAACCUCUCUACACAGGAUCUUUAAGAGCUCAUGCUCAUAAAAAGAAACGCAGUACUUUGCUACCAGACUACAAGGUGCAAGAUAUGACUCAUUACUAUGCUACUGUUCCUGAUCACUACAUUGAAGAUGGUUUCACAAUUUCUGAAGUUGAAGAUGGAGAGCCUGCCCCUUGGCGCUUCAAUCUCAAUCCACAGUUUGGUUUUGAUCCUUCCUGCAUGGCUGCACCUGCAGCUGCAAAUGGCGGAUCCUCAAACACUUCAAGUAAUCAAGGUGAUAGCUUUCAUUCAAUCCCCUCUUCUCUGUCUCCUUCUUUGGCGGUAUCUGAUAAUUCUGAUUCAGGUAAUAAUUCUACCUUUUACAUGCCAUCCUCCUUUUAUGACAUUGCUGAUUUUCUUCCUUCUGAGGAAAUUAGUAGUUUGUUAAGGCAUCUUAGCACAGGAAGUAGUUCCAGAAGACAUGCAAAUGAUGUUUCUGAUUCUUCUAAGGGCACUAGGGAUUCUGGAAGCUCUGAGGUUCCUAUUUCUAGGCAGGGACGGGUUUCUUUUAAGAAAUCGGGUUCUCGAAGACAUUUCUCCUCUGUGUCUGCACCAAAUCAAUUCAAUGACGAUUCUUUACUGAGUGAUAGUGCUGAGGAGAAUUAUUGUAUGCGUGCCAGAAGGGCGGUUUCUGAAGCAGACAUUCCUCAUCUUCUUCAGAUUUUUGUAAGUAGGGCAGCUAUUUCACAAGAUCACCCCGGAUGGAAGAUGCAGGUUUUGGAUGAGGAUUUUGAACUUUCUGAUGAUUCUGUGGACAUUGAUGCUUCUUCAGGCAGCCGGAAGAGAAGUUCUGAGGCUUCAGAGGAUGAACAAGAACGUCCUGAAGAACUGCAGGUUGAGGGAGUUAAUGAUGUUGAGUCUAUUGAAGGUAAAGAAGGGGCACUCCCAGUACAGCAGUUUGGAGGAGUCAAUGCUGUUGAUACUGUUGAAGGAGAUUUUAAUCAAGUUCUAGAUCAAGAAGAUAAACAUGGAGGUAGGCAAGUACGACCUCAAGAUACUGGUGCAAUCCGUCAGUUAUUGGAUGCUAAUGACAUGGAAGAAUUAAAGCAUAUUGAAUGUUGGUAUACUUGGACCAAUAAGCACCAAGACCAAGCUGUGAUCUUUGAAAGGUUAGAUCGUGCUUUUGUGAACAAACCUUGGUUAGAUACCUUUAAGAAAGUGGUAAUCAGAAACUUGUCCAUCAUGAGCUCAGAUCAUGGACCCAUCCUAGUAGAGCUAAAACAAAAACAGCUACCAAAAAAGAAUCACAGGUUUGAACAAUUUUGGUCAAAAUGUGUUUCUUCCAAAGGAAUGAUUCAGCAAGCCUGGUCACAACCCUUGGUAACCAUUGAGGAUCAACAGCAAGAACUGUCGUUUAAAUUGGAAAAGACACUGCAACAUCUGCACCAAUGGAGUAAGUCUAGGUUCGGGAAUCUAGAUCAAAUGGUUUUCAAGCUCACGGAAGAAUUAACGAAAGCUCAAUCUCACUGGGAGGAGAGCAAGAAUGAUACAACUCGGGCUAAUCACUUAGAAUCAAGUCGUUUGGCUUUAGAGGAGGCUCUCCAUUUACAGCAAUAAUACUUGCAUCAGCGAGCUAAGUUGAACUGGCACCAGUUUGGGGAUAGAAAUACCAAAUUUUUUCACAAAUGGGCUACUCGACGGAAAGGCAGCACUUGGAUCAAUGAACUUUAGGAUGCACAAGGAAACUCGAUUCAAGAGACAGAAGCAUUGAGAUCUCUGGUACACCAACAUUUUUCCAACAUUUACAGAACUAGUGAUGUAUCUUCUCAGAGUGGUCCAUCCUCUAUCCAUUUCCAAAAUUUCC